AGAGGAAAAGUGUGAAACGGAAAUCUCACCAACCGACCAACCGACCAACCAACCAUUUUCUCGUGGCAUAUCUGAAUCAAUUUGAAAGCAAGGGUAUUCUAUCACGAUGAUGAAUGAGGAUGUGGAAGCCGCCGGUACUUCUUAUAUGCUUCAUGAUCAGCAUGGCAAUGCUGCUAUGAAUAUGAAUGCCCCUUCAUCUCCCCAAGGCGGCCAGACGACUAGCAUCAGUACGAUGUCAGGAAAUACAGCAGAAGAAGAAGAGUUUCAGUACCACAGACACGCAGGUGGUGGUGGAGAAGAUCCAGAUGCCGAUAUACCCAUGCACACCAAUGCCAGUCCCAACCGCCCCAAUACCAAUACAACCUUUGAGUUGUCCCCCAUCCACCAGGAUCCCAACCAGACUCAGGUUAAUAUUACAACCAAUACUGGUAGCACCAACCACAACCAUGGCAAACGCGGCAAGAAACGCUCGACCCACAGCAGUGGCAAGGAAGUGGUUGUCAUCGUCAAGUCUUACUAUGUCAGUCACAGUCUCAGAGUUCCUGCCUUGCUAUCUUCUCCCAAACCUGCUGAAUUGGAAACCCUAUCCAUUUCCACCUGGUAUGAAAUACAAGCCCAGCUGGAACCACUCAUCAAGAGACACUUGUUCCUACCCAAAUCGUACCUAUUGGUGCCACUGUUAUGCAUCUUGGCCGGUGUCGGAUGGUUUGCGGCCUUUUCCAUUGCCGCUGCCGAAGCUACCAGUGCGGCUCAAAAUGAUAAUUCCAAUAACUACAACAACAAUCAACAAAACUACGAUAACAAUGAUGAUAACAAUGGUGGUGGUGAUGACCAAAAUGAAGAUGAUCAAUACGCCGACAACUACAAUGACAACUACAACUACAAUAACUACCAAGCAGACAACUACCAGCAACAACAAGAGUCAGCUGCUGCUGCUUCUACCCACACGGUCAGCAUGGUCUUUUGGGUAUUCAUCUUCUUUAUCAUGCUCACAUUUGUAUGGUUCGGCUUCGCCCGAUGGGUUGCCAAACGCAAUCAUCCCGUCGAUGAUGAACUCAGAGAAGUCUGUCUGGAACUGUCGCGCAGCAAGACACAAUCCGAAGGCUAUCGACUCGAAUAUCACAAGGCUAACUAUGACGCGCAAGAUCCCUUUCGAAACGAUCUCUUUGCCACACGGGUACUCCGCUUUGUACCGCUGCCCAUUCCGCGCAAAAUCACCGUGCCCAAUACACCGGACGGAUCCUUUUCGGCCGACUUUAUUGCCCGACAAGAUUCCGUUCUCUCGGAAUCCACGGAAUCGUCCGAGUUUCCGACUCUGCAAUCUCUGUCCACCACCGACUUUCAUCCCUUUCCCGUCACGGAUCGCAUCUUGGAGAAUCUCCUCUCUUUGUUGUUCGUAUUGGUCCUGUUUCAAUGUGUCAAUUCAUUGCCGUAACUAUCCAAACGAUUAUAAUAUUGUACAGUGCUUGUUUGUAAAAAGAAGAAAGUAAAUAGGUGACUCCUACCGGUACAGUACUGUACGGCAAGUAGAGUACGAACCAUAAAUGUAAUGGGCAACGGAACAAUCAAUGGGGAUUUCAGGGCAUUGAAGAAAUGGGAAUUCUUCUGUUGUUGGAGAUGGAAUGAAUGAAUGAAUGAAUGAAUGAAUGA